AUGAUGAGUGAAGAUACAGGUAAAUCACCUGAUGAACAACCAACAUCAACUUCUGAAAUAAAAGUUUUUUAUUAUAUCGAUGAUCAAGAUCCACCGUAUUUAACAAAAUUAAAUGUAACUGGUGUACCACGUUUAAAAGAUUUUAAAAAUGCUCUUGAUCGUAAUUGUGCAAAAUAUAAAUUUUUCUUUGCUACGAAUGAUCCAUCAAUUGGAAAAGUGAAAGAAGAAAUAACUAAUGAUGAACAAAUUUUACCAUUUGACACACAAGAUCGUAUUCUUGCUUAUCUUGUGUCUAUCGAAGGUAGUACAACAUCAAGUGGUGGUGGAGGUGGUGGUGGAAGUAAACAACCGAAGCAUACUUAUCAUCAUCGAGAUGAUACGAUUUUAACAUCAACAACAAAUAGUUCAUUCAAUAUUCAACAACCACGUUUACAACGUAUGAGUCGACGUUAUGCAUCAGCUAAUAGUGCUGAUUAUCAAAAAUAUUUUCUUAAACAACGAGCUGUUAAUGAUAUGGCAUCAUUUCCAAGUAGUGAUCUGGAGUCAACAACAUUCUUAGAUGAAACGGAAGAUGAUAGAUAUUCCACGGUAACUGACUCAACAACGAUUUCAUCACGAUAUCAUGGUCGAAAUCGACCUCGUCGAAGAAAACAUCGAUUACCAUCAGGAUUUGAUCGAGCAUCAUCAUUCAGUAGUCUAAAUUCAGAAUCAACAAUGACAUUAAAUAUUAUCACCGUAACACUUAAUUUAGAUGCAGUUAAUUUUUUGGGUAUAAGUAUUGUUGGUCAAAGUGAUAAAACAGGUUCAAGUGAUGGAGGAAUCUAUGUUGGUUCAAUCAUGAAAGGAGGUGCAGUUGCACAAGAUGGUCGUAUUGAACCAGGUGAUAUGAUACUUCAAGUAAAUGAUAUUAGUUUUGAAGGAUUAUCAAAUGAUGAUGCUGUUAAAAUUCUACGUGAAACUGUACAAAAACCUGGACCAAUUAAACUGGUUGUAGCCAAAUGUUGGGAUCCCACCCCACGUGGUUAUUUUACAUUACCUCGUCAUGAACAAGCACGUCCUGUUGAUCCAUUAUCAUGGCUUGCACACACACAAGCUGUACAAAAUACAUAUAAUAAUCCUCAACAACAAGUUUUACUUCAUCAUCGACAAUCGAUAUUAAAUUCAACAACAAAUAUGAGUUCAACUAUAUCAAGUACAAAUAAUACAAUAGUGGAUAAUCAACGUUUUGGUCUUGAUCUUAAUUUAACUAUUAAUUCUGAUAUGGAUACAAUUGUACGAGCUAUGGCUGAACCUGAUUCAGGCUUAGAUAUACGUGAUAGAAUAUGGCUUAAAAUUCCCAUACCAAAAUCAUUUCUUGGUUCGGAUUUAGUUAAUUGGUUAUUUCAACAUGUCGAUGGAUUUGUCAAUCGUAAUGAUGCAAGAAAAUAUGCAUCAUCUAUGCUUAAAGCAGGUUAUAUUCGACAUACGGUUCAUAAAUUAACAUUUUCUGAACAGUGUUAUUAUGUUUUUGGCGAUAUUUAUUCACAAGGAAUAUCUCAAUUGACACUUGAUGAAGAAGCUGAAGAUUAUGAAACGGUCUCUGAUCAUACAAAUACUACUGAUCGUCGUAGUGGUGAUUCAUUAUUAACAACAACGAGACAAAAUACUGUAACUACAUUUGGUUUUGUUGAUAAAAAUAAUGCUCCACUUCAAUCACCUUCACAAUCUUUAUUAACUGAUACACAACAUUCAGGUAUUAUUGGUACGAAAUCAUCUUCAACAUCAACGAGUAGUAGUAGUGAAACUCGACAAUUAAUUGAUGUACCAAAUAAAUUACGUUCAAGCAAAGAAUCAUUUCAACGUGCUAUGACCAAUCCGUUACCUCGAGAAUUUUUUGUUGAUGUUAUUCUUUGUUAUACAAAUACAUCACGAACAUGGAUAUGUGAUGAUUAUGAUGCAUUAAAUACUACUAAAACAAAUAAUUUAGAUUAUCAAAUUAUUUUAAAUAAUCAACAAUUUGAAAAUUUUUUUCUAAGAAAUUAUUUUUUAACAGAAUUCAUACUUGAUAAUUAUCCAUUAACACUUCAUUUAUUAAAUGCAAGUAACAAUCAAUUCGAAAAAAUAAUUAUAACAUCAAAAAAUCGUUAUAAAUCAAAACUUCGUCAUUUAAUACUUGAAUCAAAUCAUAUUCGACAAUUUAAUAUUGAUAAAAUUAUUUUACCUGAAUCAUUAGAAAUAAUAUCAUUAGCAAAUAAUCGUUUAGAAAUUCUUGAUGCUCGGUGUUUUUCAUAUUUAAAGAAUUUAAUUAAACUUGAUCUAAGAAAUAAUCAAUUAAAACGUAUUUUGCCUGAAUUGCUAUUUAAUAUUAAUAUUGAUCUAAAUAAUAAUCCACUCGAUUGUCAAUGCACAACUGAAUUUUACCGAAUUAUAUGCGAAAAAUCAACAAAUUUAAAACAAUCUAUAAACGAAAGUCAUAAUUGCAUAGCACCAUAUUAUGAUCCUCAACAAUCAGAUACUCAUCCAGCAUCUUAUUUACGUUUUUCUACAUUUACUCUUAUAUGUCCAAUUAAUGGUCAACCUCCACCUAUAAUUAUUUGGUCAACGCCAUUUGGUAAUCUUACAUCAAUAAAUAUAUCAAAUAUUGAUUUACUUCCAUAUAAUAAUGGUAAACCAAUAUAUGUUACAUUAACAAGUUUAGCUGGUCCAUUAACUGCUCGUACACGACAUAAAUUACAUGCAUUUAAUACAAAUCAUUUAUCUAUAACACAAGCACGUGCUAGUUUACAACAUCAUUUUUCAUGUUCAGGGAUAAAUAUGCUUGGAAUAUAUACAUAUAAAUUUAAUUUUAAUAUUGAUACUUAUGCUAAAAAACAUGCUUUAUGGCUUAUGAUGUAUACAAUGAUUUUUGGAUUUGUUAUGUCACUUAUUGGUAUUAUACUUUGUAUAAUAUUAAAACGAACAUAUUAUUAUUCAAAUGAUCAUAUGAAAACACCACCAUUAUAUCCAACAAUGACACCGAAUAGUGCUGCACGUACACCACCUAAUUUUGAACUUAAUCAAUGGUUAUCAUCGGCAGCAGCAAAUAUAACUGGAACACUUGAACAAGUACGUGAUAAACUUCGUUCAGGUGUACAACAAGUUAGUGGAACAAUUCGACAAGCAGCUGAAAGUUUGGCUGCUUAUCUUCAACCAUUUCGUGAAACAAGUCAACAACGAUUUAAUUUUAUACGUGUACAAACAUUAUCAUCUUUACGUAGUUCUGGUAAUUUUAUGCGUGCUGGUAUGAAUAUGUUAACAGUACAAGUUAAUUCUUUACGUGAUUAUUGUGGUGUAACAACAGCUCAUUUAAUGCCAUCAAAUUAUUUAUUACAACAACAACAACUUCAUAAUUUACAAAAUUCAACUUCAUCAAUAUCAUGUAUGCAUCAUAAUCAAAUGCCGACAAUAAUUGAUGAUGAAGAAUCUAUUAUUGAAUCAACAUUAUUAAAUAAUUCUCAAGAUUAUUCACCUUAUACAGGAUAUAUACCAUCAACUGUAUCAACAAAUGGAUCAGGUAUUGGUCAACUUGAUACAGCUAAUAAUUCAGCUUUAUUAGCAUUAAAUAAUUUUAAUCAAGAUAUAAUAAAUAUCUCUGUUGAUGAAAAUAUCACAAUGAGAGGACAUAUGAUAGGUGGAAUUGGAACAUUUCAUGAUCGAAGUCAUGAUCACAAUGAUGAACUUAUUAAUGAAUCUCAAAGAUUAAUUAAUGAUAAUGAAUAA